GGCUUCCGGCACACGUCGUACGCGGGUGUGCGUGUAGCAGGGCUUCGAUGACUGACUAGAGUGAAUUUCCCCGAGGUCUGCUUCACCUGCGCGUCUCUGCCCUGAUCAGGAGCCUUUGUCCCCCAGCGAGAGAAGAGCGAUGGGCUUCAGAAAGAAGAACAAGAGUCCGCCCGUGCUGAGCCACGAGUUUGUGAUCCAGAAUCACGCGGAUAUGGUGUCGUGUGUGGCCAUGGUCAUUCUGCUGGGGCUCAUGUUUGAGGUUACAGCAAAAUUUGCGAUUAUGUUCAUUACAGUCCAGUACAAUGUCACGCAAAGCCUGGACACAGACGCAGAAGAGAAGCCUGAGCCUGUCAACUACUACAAAUACGGGCCCAAGGACAUCGCCACUGUCUUCUUUUACCUUCUCAUUGCCAUAAUUCUUCAUGCCCUGAUUCAAGAGUACAUACUCGACAAAAUCAAUCGUCGGCUGCACUUGUCCAAAACAAAACACAGCAAGUUCAACGAGUCGGGGCAGCUGGCCACCUUCUACCUGUCCUCCUUCGUCUGGGGCUGCAGCAUCCUCACCAAUGAGGAGUUUGUGACGAAUCCAACCUUUCUUUGGGAAGGUUAUCCUCACAUCCACAUGGCUUUCCAGGUGAAGUUUUUCUUCAUCUGUCAGAUUGCCUACUGGUUCCAUGCUCUUCCUGAGCUGUAUUUCCAGAAAGUACGAAAGGAGGACAUUCCACGUCAACUUUACUACAUUUGCCUUUAUAUCUUUCACAUCACUGGUGCCUACGUCCUUAAUCUUCACCGCCUGGGUCUGGUUCUUCUGGUGCCACAUUAUCUGGUGGAGCUGCUCUUCCACGCUUCGCGACUCUUCUACUUCAGUGACGAGAACAAGCAGAAGGGGUUCACUCUGUGGGCUCUGCUGUUUGUCAUCACUCGCCUCCUGACGCUCACCGUCUCCGUCCUGACGUUUGGCUUCGGCCUGUCCCGCACAGAUAAUCAGGGAUUCUCUUUAGCAGAGGGAAACUUUAAUGUUCUGACUGUCAGGAUGACAUGCCUGUCUGCCAUCUGCCUGACCCAGGCCUGGAUGAUGUGGAAGUUCAUCAAUUUCCAACUGAAGAAGUGGAGAGAGCAAUCUCAAAUCCAGGCCAGCAAGAAGAAAGCUGUCAGCCCGAAAAGCAGACCCAGCAAGAAGGACUCUCGGGGUGGUUCAGUCAAUGGAGUCAUGAAACCAGAUGACAAGACAUCGCCAAGAGCAAGAAAAUCUAAAGCCUCGUAAGAGUGCCCAAAAUGUGAUGCUCUGUUUGAACUUUAGAAAAGAAACAGAUUUGAUAACUGCGAAAAGAACCACAGGAACAAACUAAGGAACUUAGUUGUACGGCAUGGUUCACGUUUUAUUUGUUUCCUGUUUUUUUCCUGUCUGCAUCUUUUAAAAUGAAUUAUAGAUUUCUAAUCGGUCGUUACAUCCAUAUGCUAGACUUUCAGCAAGACUGAGAGGUUUUUCUGAAGGUUUUGUGAUUGGCUCGAAGGGUUAAAGAUGAGUUGUGCGGUUUAAGUCCAAGGUCUGCACGACAGAAAUGUUUUUCCAAGUCGGUCUUGCUCAGAAGAUGAAGCAUUUAUCCUGAAAACAAUUAAACCCCAUUCAAUAUUAUUUCUGCGCUUCUUAUGAAGCACAAUGUGUGGACCGAAGCGUUUGAGAAGUGUCCUUUUGUUAACCUUCAGCCCCUCGGUCCCAUCCGCUACUAUGAAGCUCAGUGAGAAACCCCAAUAUGAAGAGGCUGAGGUGGCCAAGGACUGCUACACGACUUGUUUUACAGAGCUUCUAAUGACCUGAGCUGUGUGAUUUUUACACUUCGAUACUCAGAACGACUGAUUUUAGCGUCCCGUUUGCGUCUGAAUGUUGUUGUUUGAGGAGAAUCAUUUUAGAAUAGUUUUUUGGCGACUGCGUUCGAGGUGGAGACGUUUGUGAGAGCGCUUGGAUUUAGUUUUUAAUGAACUGUGGACGAGGUGAUUCGAUGAUGGCUCCUCCUGCUGGUUUGGGUGAUCUAUUUCCAAGGAUUCAUAUGCCUUUUUUCAGAAGGGUUCAUAUGCUAACACAGGACUAUUAAAGAGUCUAACUGGCGAGGUUUGGGGCCUUGGUGCUUAUCAUGGAUACCUUACAGUUAUCAAUAUAAUUCAUAACACACGGGUCAAUGGUGAUAUCGCUUUUAGUUUCAGUUGCAAAAGCCUUUUUUACUAGGACGUUGUGUAACGCAAUGAAAGCUAGCCUUUUGUUUAAAAUUCUCCAAAAAUCUGAAGAGGGUUUUGAGCGCAGGAGAAAGAUUGCCGGUGAACUUCCUCCUAAAUGAGUUUUACAGACAUUUAUUAAGCCCUGAAGCUCUGUUUUUAUGUGAGAAGUGCUGGAAUAUCACUCUUUCAACACUUUGUGGCCUUUCUCCUUGCGUUUGAGUGAACCGCUCUCCGUUAUCUAUCAGACCGCGUCUGCCGGCAUGUAGUUUAUAUGAAACCAUAUGAUUCUUUAAGUGUCCUUAAGCUGACAACAGUAGAAGUUGUUGUUUUUUUCUCGGUUUGAGCACCGUUACGCGUUCUCUGUUUAUUAGUGCGAUGAGAGAGUUCGAUUAUUAAGUUGUGCAUGUCGCGAUCCGUGAAAGAAUUGCCUCACUGAAGCAUUUAACGCCUAAGAGCAUAAAUAAAACCGUAGGCAUGCAAUCAAAAGUGGCUGUCUGUUUUUUUUUUUUUUUUUUUUACUUUUUGUAUAAUGAAGUGUAAAAGCAAGACACAAACUGCCGGUUUAUUUUGUGAACCCUGUCUUAACACGCACGCCGUCGGAUCAUACAGGCUCAUAUGCACACGCUGCGCUGCGUACUAGUUGCCAAAUUACAUGAAAGGGACUUGCUGCGUAAAAGUUCGAAGUUCACGGUUCAGUUUGUAGGUCAAGUGCCUAAAUCUGGCUGCAGAACAGUGGUUUGCUUUAGUUUGGUGUAUUAGAGUCCGAGAUUUCAUAGGACCUUUCACCGUGAUAUUCGUAACGCGCAGAGAGAGAGGAUCUGUACCUGCUGUACGUGAUGGCUAAUGCUGUGGUGAAAUAACGCCUGUACGGAUCCGCCUCACGCAUACUUAAAAUGUAAAGCUUUGUUAGCAGCGCAAAGCUAAUUCUUGAAAUUUCUAGUCGGUGCUGGUUCUUAUCUAACAUGUAUGUGGAGUGAAGCAGAUUUGAUAAAUACUAAAAUCUCCCACGUUUACACACAGAUGGUUUUAUGUCCCAAAUCCCUGAUUAACCUCCAUUUCAUUUAAUUUUUUCCUCAUGUCUUUGAGGAAACUGAUUUUUGUUUCGUUUUUUUGUUCUGUUAGCUGACUAAACAUGAAAGGAAAAUCAUUACCAUCGAGUAAUUCACUACUGAAUAAUUGUCAGAUUUUUAAACUAUUUUUCUAGCGUUGAACUGUUGAGAGAUGAACAUUAUUUAGAGCAUAUAAAUAUUUUACUGCUUAUGGGUUUAUUAUUUUUAUACUGUGUGGGAGAAGCUUUCUACCAUUUCAGUGGGACUGCAAAAGAUAAAUACUUUUGGUGACUAUAAAUAGUGUGAAACAAAUUUAAACGUUACUGCCGCUUUCCCUGAUUUUUUUGUAUUUUUUUUUGUUUUCUCAGUGUUGUUUUGUUUUUGAGAUUUUGAUUUGGGGUACAAACAAGUCUGUAAACUGUGCAAGUCUUCAUUGUGUUUCUUUUUGAGUGGAUAAAAACAGCGACAAUGAGAAUAAUCUUCACUCACUCCCAUUGUUCUGUCACGUGAGAAACUGUGCUGUUUUGAUGUGGCUUAAUUGUUUUGAUUUUUGUGUAUAUAAAUGUAAAUGGGGAGGGGGGGGCGGUCAAAAAUACAUUGAUUUACAAUAUUGUUUGCAGUGAUCAGCCGUCGUCAUAGUUCUUAUAAUAUGUCAAAUUAAAAGAUGCACCAAAGCCUUCUGGAAUAUGAGAUACACAGAACCUAAAUUAUUUUUCACCAUGCUUUAUGUAGUACAAGCACUGUUACUUUUCUAAUGCUUGCCUGUAUGUUGAGAUAUAUUGGUUUUUAUAUAAAAUGUUGUUAAUAUAUGUAUUUAUGCAAGUCUGUGUGAUGCUUUUUGUAUGUUUGUCUUUUGAUUAAAUCUUUUGCUUAA